AUGGAGGCUCCCAUCGGCCUUUUCCAUACCAUUUAUUUCACCGCCUACUUUAUCAUAUCAAUAUCACAACAGCUACUCCUGGUCCAUAUCAUGAUCCGAUACACGCCUCGGCGGCUCAGAGGACUCCGAUUUUUCAUGAUCAAGUCGUCGGUCGUCGAGAUCGUGCUCAUUUGCUUGAUCUACUUUACUCAGUACCGGUAAAUUAUUCUCUGAUUCUUUCCAAUAUUUUAAAAUGGGAUGGGAACCUUCAAAAAGUUUCUAGGAAAGUACUUAGACAGACAGAAAAAAUUGCUCAUUUGGCACAAUCAAAAAAAAAUGUUGCAGCUUCUGAUAGACCUUCUGGAUUUUGCUAACUUUUGAGCUAAUUUUUCCCGAAACAUUCUGAUUUUCUUCGCCCUAAGAAAACUUAUAAUUCUGUUCGAAACUUGGAAGGAAAAGUUAAAAACCUAAAACUCCAUCAAUAUCAUUUCAAAUCUCUUAUUUCUUCUCAUUUAUCAUGUUUGAACUUUUUUGUCUGAUCGAAAAAUGUAUUUUGAAACUCUAAUGUAGUUGAAUAUGUACUUGGAUCUAUAAAAAAAAAUUUAAAGAUAACAAAUUCAAUUUCAUUCCUCACUGUUUGGUCGUAGUAACUGAAACUCCUCUAUAAGGAUAAGUCAUUUUUUUAGGACAAUGGAUUAUUUGGUAGUAAGAACUUCCUAUUCCAAAAAUACUUCCUUUUUCGAAAAUGAAUUAAAAUUCAUCUUGAAAAAUCAUCGUUAAAAAAAGACCUUUCCAAACAAGCGAACAAAAAUCUCCAUUCAAAACAAAAAAAAACUUCUUGGAUAGAUAAAUUCUUCAAAGUUUCAAAGUAAACAGUCUAAAAAAAGUCCUUGAUCACUUGGGAUACAAGCCAAAGUCGGGCUCAAGAAGAACUUUUCCUGAGGGCUUAAAAACUGCCCCAAAAUACCAGAUUAUUCUAACGUCACCUUCUUUGCAUGCGAAUCUUCAUGGGAAAAUUUUCGGUCCGAAAAAAUGACAAUGGAAAUUGGUUCAUGGUCUAAUUAUAUGAAUUAUUUAUUCAUCUAUCUAUGAAAAUUGUGAGCUAGAAAUUUUGGGUGAAAGGGAAAGGGGUUAAAAAUUUUACUUUGAUUUUAUUCAAUUUUUUUCGAAAUUAUUGACAAAAUUAAAAAAAUGACACACCUCAUCGAAGUAUGCUGCAAAAACAUUUGAACCGUUUCAAGUCUGCCUGAAAAAAAUUAAAAUUGAAUAAAAAGAAAAAAAUUUGAAAAGAAAAUUAAUAAGACUGAAAAAUAAGUUCAAAAAAACUAUCACACGAUAAGCGUCAUUACGGUUCAUUGACGUCUUUUUCAGAUGCUAGUAAAAAAAUAUUCCGUUCAAUCAAUUUUUCAUUUUUUUAUUUGAAAUCAAUUUUUAUAAUCCUUUUAAAAUGUUAUAUUUUUUUUUAAAACAACAUUCUGGUGUUCCAAAUGCUUAUUUGCUUGUUGAAAAUGUCGCCCACUCAAAAAGUACUAGCGAAUAGUUUGGAGUGAACUUUAUUUUUUUUUUAUCAACGUAACAUAUCGGGAGUUUGUUUAGAAUAUUGUAAAGCUCAUGAGAACUUUAUUCUGCUUUUUAAUAACGCUCGAACCAUAUUUUAAGCUUGCAAAGUUCAUUUAAACACGCUCCUUCCUUAUUAGAAAUUGUGUAUAGGGCUGCUAAAAAAUUGUUUACGUGAACUUGCAAGGGUCAUUAUUUCUUCCUAGGAAUAUGAAUAACACUGCAAUAGAAAUUAAUGAGAGUUUCGAAAUUUUCUGGUGUUUCAGCUACGUCGUGAACACCAAUACGUUGGCGAUCAUUUGCCAUGGACCAUCGGAAUUUUUCUCGGCCAAUAUAUGUUUCUAUUCAUUUUUCGCUGUCCUGGUAAGUACUCGAGUAGAAGUUUGAGUUGAAAAUUGAUUUUUUUUUUCAGGUGAUUGGAGCGGAAAGCGUCCUUUCAGUGGCCCACACGAUUUAUUACCAAUUUCGACACACUCAUUGUGUUCUGAAGCCUUUGUCGCUGUUUGCUAUCAUUCGGGAGACCAGCAUCAGUUUCAUUCCGUUGAUCGUUCUACAGGUUUGUUGUAAGUCAAAGAAAAAAUUAAACUUGAAAAAGUGUCGAAAAAAUAGAAUGAAAUUAGAAGAAAUUGAGGUAAAUUUAGUUUUUUUUUUGAGUAACAUGACUUCCUAAAUUCAAUCACACCCCCAUAAAGCAUAUUUUCAAACAUCAGAUUUUAGAGAAAUCAAGAAUUGAAUAGGUUUUUCAAAAGAAAAAAAGUCAUGAAAAAGUUUUUAGAAUGGUAUAAAUUUCAUAAGUUCCAUUAAAAAAAUGAGGACCUAGGUUUUUUUCUACUAUAUCUCAUCAUUACAGCCUGGAUUAGUCCAAAUUUUUUUGCUACUAUUUAUUUAAUUUCUUAAAAAAAUCUGGAAGGUAAACUUACUGUUGUAUUAAUUCGAUCAUUUCCUUUCUUAGGCGAUUUGAAUGAUUCAUGCUAAUAAUGUACGCAGUAAGUAACUAUCAAAAUGAAAAAAAGGGCCUUUAUAAUUAUGACUAAUGUGCCGCAUUGAUUAUUCACCACAACAAAGGUUUUUGAGGGUAUUUCUUUGAAUUCAGUAAAUUAUGAUUAGUGAAAACUUCUGAGGCUAUUUCUUUCCAGUCUUGCAAAUUAUCGGCGUAAUCAAGGCUUAUUUUUUGGAAAUCUGCGAACUAACCGUGGAGCACAUUACUCAUCCUUGUUAUGGCUCUUUUUCCCAUGUUUGCAAAUCAUCCGUAGAGCGCAUUAGUCAAACUUGUCAAGGCUCUUUUCUGUAAGUUUGCAGAAGUUCCUUGAAACGUUAAUCAGCUAGGCUAUUUUUUCAAACUUAUGGAAUUCCUACAAAGUCAUAUUUUUCACUUAACUUAGGAGUUUAUCGAUGGAGCUCAUUAUUUAGCUUCUUCGCGGCUCUUUUUUCCUUUCCUGCUUUAUGAUUCUCAGCUCGUGAUUUCUGUUUUCAUGAACCUAAUUGCCUUCCAGAACUCACCUGUUCCUUUUCAAAGAUUUUUGUUUCACUGCUCUCACCCUUCCGUCUUGCAGGUUAUGGUAGUGCUGCUGAGUAAGAACUUCUCAGCCGUCAAGAUGGAAUUAUAUCAGCUGCAUCCCGAGGAAACCCUCAGCUCGGGAGUCAUCGCCGGCUUCGACGACAUGUUCUCGCCGUUGAACAUCUGCGCCCUGUUCAUGAUCGGAAUCAUCGUCUACGGAACGCCCCUCUUCUCCAUGUAUUGUAAGAAGUGAGUAGCGCGGGGACUUGGGAAACUAUUUUAAGAGAUAGAAAUGACAAAUAUGGAAAAUAGUUCGGAAGACCUUGUUUUAUUGUAAAAAGUAAGUUUUCCUGGAAGGGGAUGUGUAAAAAAGCACCUGUUUAAUUUGGUACUCUGUUCUUCGAAAUGGUAGUCUGGUGUUCUUUGGGUUGGCAUUAAAAUUGGUUGAAAAGUCAUUUUUCCUUUAGGGUGAGGGGAAGAGAGAGAGCCCAGACAGUUAGACUCGCUUUUCUUGAGAAAGUUUCCACUAGAAAGUUCGCAAAAAUCGCAGAAAAUUGAAUUUUUCGCGCGGUACCUAUCCAAGAGCCUUUUUUUAUUUUCAAAACACCUUCUUUAAAAACUUGAAAAAAAAAGACUUCAGAGAUCUCUCAAAUGAUUAUUUGGUUAAUUAUUCAUAGAAGUUGCUGUUUUUCUCCGGUCUCCAGGUACUUGAAUGAACUAAAAGGUCGUUCCAAAGGUUUUCCCGAUGAAAAUUUCCAUUUUUGCAUUUCCAAAAGGCCACUGAUCAAAGUUUUGCCCCGAGGAAAACUAACCAGAAAAUCCAGACUCAAAAGGAAGUUUUCCUGCUGGAAAGUGUAUCAAGUUAUGGCAUUCGAGAUUGACUUUUGCAGAAAAUUCUCAUCUUUGACUUUUUUUGGAACACGUCACUUUAGUCCAAUUGGACACUUUCCGGGAUCUUAUUACUUACUUCAUAGCAAUUAGAACGGAGAAGAAUUUCCUCGAAGACAUGAAUAAUGGAGAUGAGCUCAGAGGAAGUUGAAUUUCAAGUCGAAUUUGAGAAAAAAGGAGCUGUCUGGAAAUUCAAAUUUCAUGAAAAAUGGCUAAAAAUGAGCUGGAGGUGGUUUUUUCAAUUUCUUGUCGAGUUUCAGAAAAUUCCCAAAACUGUCCAAACAAUCCAGAAGUCUAUUGAAACGUUUUCAACACGUUCUACACUAGCGAUCAGAAAAAAAUUAAAAUUCUUUAUUUUUUUCUGUGAUUUUUUUAAUUUUUCAUCUUUUCUUUUUUUGGAAAUUAGCUCGUUUCCUUUUUUUAGAAUUUCAUCGAUUUUUCUUUUUUUAUUUCAAAAAGAUGGAACUCAAGUUUAGUCAAAGGCAUUCAGACAUCUUUUUUUCUUCAAAAACCCCGGAAUUUUUUUCUUUCAUAAAAAAAUUUGCCUGCGAAAGGUCAGAACUUUUUUUCCCAGUUUUUCUGAUUAUUUUUUUCUUUUUUUAAUUAAAAUGUGUGGGAACACAGGUGAAACUCCGUGCUUCCUUAGAAACCGUAGUAAUUUGACUAAGAAAAAAAAAGUGAGUAUGCUUGAAAAUGGCAGGUGUAACCUUUGGGUUCUUUGGAAAUAAGAAGUUAGAAAGGGGAAAUUUUCGGUAUGGUUCAUUCAUGAUGGGGAUAUUUAAAGGCGCAGGGGUGUACUGUAUUUUUUUUUUCUGAACCUUUGAAGAGUCUAGAAAAGGUUUUCUCUUGAGGGGUUCUGAUUAUAGAAUCUAUAGAAUCGUGUUCUAGACAAAAGUUCAUCAGACUUCACCAUUAAAAAACUUGAAAAUUCGAGAAAAAUCCGUUUUUUACUUAUGCACCGUUUUCUACAAGUUUUAAAACUUUCUCUUUUUUCCCACUUUCUCUGAAAAAAUUAAAAAAUCUUCCAAGCUAGCCUUGACUAGAGUAUUUUCUUAUUACGUAACAUUUCCGAUUUUCAUUCUAGACAUCAUUUUUUGAAGAUCAAACAUAGUCUCUAACGUAUUUCAUGAAUAAACGCCUAAUACGUGUUGCUUUUCGCGCCUCAAAAUGAGAGAGAAAAACAAAUUUUGUCGGGAAAUGAGCCGAGAAAAUAUUCCUCCUCUGAUAUUUAAAAACACAAAGAGCGAGCGGAAAAAAAUACGUAGGAGAGAAAAUAUUAGUAUUCUUCACGUACUCUAAACGUGGGCUUGAAUGAGAAAAGUUGAAAAUUGGGCUAAUUAUUUGAAGACGGAUUUUGAAGGGGUAAAGAGACACGUUUUUAGUCGUUGGACACAGAUGCUUUUUGAUGAUGAUGAUGAUGAUGAUGAUGAUGAUGGAGUCUCGAAAUUUGGCCUAGAAUUGAAAUAUGAAGCUUGGAGGAACAGAAUUCCCUAGAAAAAUCAAGAAAUUAGUCCUAGAACGAUAAAAGAAAUAGUACGUGAAAAUGAGAGAGACUAGAGAACUUGAGAUUUUUCAAGAUUUUGAAGAGAAGUUAUUGUUGUAUAAAAUGCAAGAAGAACACAUUUUUAGCAUUUUAGUGGUCAUUUUAGGAUUCUGAGCUUUUAAGUGGUAACUUCAGAGGUUUUUAGAUCUCUAAGUGGUCGCUAAAGGGAUCAGAGUGGAAAACUCAGAAUUUUCGAUCUUCUGGUCAGGGGAAUUUACGCUAUUAUAUGACCUUUCGAAAAUGAAAAAAAAAAUCAGAUCUUUUUUGUGAUUUUUUUGUGAUUCUGGUAGAAACUGACUGAUAAAUCACUUCCUAUCAUUUUUUUAAAUAUCACUUGUAAGUCUUCUUUUACGGAUUCUGUGAAAUUACUCAAAUUCAUUGCGCUUACGUUUUCGAUUUUCUUUUUACACCAAAAAAGUCGCAUAAUCUUGGAUUAUACUAGCCCACACACACAAGGCCCAAAAAAAAAUAUAUAAAUAAUACUUUCCUUCCGCUCGGAUUGAACGCAUUGGACUGGGGAUAUUAGAAAAGAGGAUUUUUAUUCGAGCAUUUCGAUUUUUCAGAAGAAUCCACCGACAAUUGUUCAAAUGCGGCAAUUCCAUCUCGAAAAAGACGCGGGAGAACUCGAAAACUUUUAUCCAGGUAGAGUUUGAAAAAAAAAAAAAAGAUUUUCGUAAAGAAAAUUAUAUGAAAUUUGAGGAGAAAAGUCGAAAUUUUUUUUUAAACGAUACUUCCAAGACUUAUUGAAAAGUUUAUUCGCCUGGCUGUUAUCGAUGAAUUUCUGAAAAAUCAGAAAUCAAGGCUUUUUCUGUGACUUUCGUCUCUAAAACGAAACCCGUUUCAAGUCGGUUGCAAAAGUAACAUCGAUAAAUUUUGGAAUAAGCCAAGAUAUUCAACAAUCGAACAUUUUUAAGAUAUCUUUUGAGGAAUUUCAUCUGCCUAGCUGUUCAAAGAACAUAUAAGUUAGUAAAAACGUGUGAAUAUUCGAUUAACCGCCAUUUAAUCACCAAGUUCAAGAAAGAAAUCAGAAAUCUAGAGAUUUUUUUUAAACGCUGGCUGUGAGUUAUCUCAUGGCGGAAACCAUUUCAAGUCGGCUGCACAAGUUUAUCCAUCCAUUUUCAGGCGCUGAAUUUCCAAGCGAUGAUCCCAGCAAUUUGCUAUGUUCCACCGUUCAGUAUGUUCCUGUACAGCCAGUAUAUUGGUUCGUUUUUUUCUCAAGCUUUUGUACUGAACUAGAAAAAGAUUUUUGUAAUAAAUUCCCAUUACUUCCUCCAUAUAGGCAGAAAAAAGAAUGGAGAAGUUUAGUUAAUCUCAAAUUAUCCGACUAUGAGCUCAACCAGAUUGAACUACAUUUUUGAAUUUUUCAAAGAGCUUUCUGAAUAUUAUAUUCAUUUUUUUCAUCUUUUUCCAAAAAAAAUUUUAUUAGGGAUUUUUUUGAACUGCCCAUCGACUAUAUUUGCGCAUUUUGAUUUUUUUCUGAAGUUUUUUUGACAAUUUAGUAGAUAUUUGAGAUAAACUGUCCAUGGAGCACUUUUUUUCUCUAAUAAUUCGGCCUCUUUUCGUUUCUUACACUUUUCAUAAUUGGAUGAAGAGACUUUUCCAUUCGAUUUUAUAAAAUUUAUAAUUUUCAGGCUCCGACCCUCCAUAUUACACCUACAUCGUCGCCGUUAUGAUCUCGGCCCCGACGAUUCUGCACCCGGCCGCCACCAUUUAUUUCGUUUUACCGUAUCGCCGAGCCGUCGUUUCAAUAUUCAUGAGAAGCGUCAAUAGAAAAUCCUCCGGUUUCAACGGCUCCUCUGAAAAUAGCAAUACCCAGACGGUCUGA